CAACUUCGCCAACAACCUCGGUGACUACUUCAGCGACCACGUCUGCAACUACAUCGCCAACCACGUCGCCUACCACGUCAGCAACAACUAGUGCAACAACUUCUCCUACUACAUCAGCCACUACAUCAGUAACCACAUCGCCUACCACGUCGGCAACCACAUCGGCAACAACGUCUCCCACAACCUCGCCCACCACUUCACCUACCACAUCAGCCACAACUUCGCCAACAACCUCGGUGACUACUUCAGCGACCACGUCUGCAACUACAUCGCCAACCACGUCGCCUACCAUGUCAGCAACAACAAGUGCAACAACUUCUCCUACUACAUCAGCCACUACAUCAGUAACCACAUCGCCUACCACGUCGGCAACCACAUCGGCAACAACGUCUCCCACAACCUCGCCCCCAACUUCACCUACCACAUCAGCCACAACUUCGCCAACAACCUCGGUGACUACUUCAGCGACCACGUCUGCAACUACAUCGCCAACCACGUCGCCUACCACGUCAGCAACAACUAGUGCAACAACUUCUCCUACUACAUCAGCCACUACAUCAGUAACCACAUCGCCUACCACGUCGGCAACCACAUCGGCAACAACGUCUCCCACAACCUCGCCCACCACUUCACCUACCACAUCAGCCACAACUUCGCCAACAACCUCGGUGACUACUUCAGCGACCACGUCUGCAACUACGUCGCCAACCACGUCGCCUACCACGUCAGCAACAACUAGUGCAACAACUUCUCCUACUACAUCAGCCACUACAUCAGUAACCACAUCGCCUACCACUUCGGCAACCACAUCGGCAACAACGUCUCCCACAACCUCGCCCACCACUUCACCUACCACAUCAGCCACAACUUCGCCAACAACCUCGGUGACUACUUCAGCGACCACGUCUGCAACUCCAUCGCCAACCACGUCGCCUACCACCAACAACUUCUCCUACUACAUCAGCCACUACGUCAGUAACCACAUCGCCUACCACGUCGGCAACCACAUCGGCAACAACGUCUCCCACAACCUCGCCCACCACUUCACCUACCACAUCAGCCACAACUUCGCCAACAACCUCGGUGACUACUUCAGCGACCACGUCUGCAACUACGUCGCCAACCACGUCGCCUACCACGUCAGCAACAACUAG